AUGACAACCUCUGCCAGGACCAUCCCCAACUUUCUCAUGUACAAAGAGAUACUGACACAGGACCUCAAUGACGAUAUCAAGAAUUUGUCACGAUAUAAACUCAAACUGACCAACGUCCUCGGAAGUGGUGCAUUCGGAGAGGUUUUGCAGGGUCAGCUCAUCAAAGGAGCAUUUUUAAAACACGUUGCAGUAAAGAGGUUAUCACGUGGUUGUUCAGAGAAGGAAAGAACUGAUUUUCUUGUUGAAGCCUUAACGAUGAGCAAGUUCAAACACGACAACAUUGUCUCUUGUCUUGGAAUUUAUGUAAAGAAUGGCUCCUUACUUCUGGUAGAGGAGUUGAUGGCAGGUGGCGACCUCAAGCGGUUCCUAGUGGAGUCACGCCCGACCUUGGUAGGCAGUACGAGAAUCUAA